GGGGAAGCACACAAGACGACAGCGGCUGUCCCCGUUUCCCCCAACAUCCCGUCCGUUCCAUGGCCGACUCCGCCUCCGGGCCCCACCCGCUCCCCCCCGCCUCGCCGCCGCCGCCGCCGGACCCCGGCGGCAAGCGCCAGCGCCGCCCCAGCGUCCGCCUCGCCGGCUCCAUCCCGCUCCCCUCCCACCUCCCCCACCCUCGCCGCAUUCCCAUCACCCCCUCCUCCCGCUCCCGCAAGCCCCUCCACCUCCAACACCCCCACCCCUCCUCCUCGCCCAAACCCAGCGGCGACCAGCAGGACGACCCGGAGGAGGAGGACGGGACCCCCUCCACCCCCGCCUCCCCCGACGUCGACGACCUCGUCCUCGCCGCCGCGUUCCCCCGCAAGCCGAGGUCCCUGGAGGCGCAGGGGGAGAGCGCCGCCGCCGCCGCCGCGUCGGAGGAGGUGGUGGACGUCGCCGAGUGGCUGUGGGGGAUCGGGAUGGGGCGGUACGCGGCGGCGUUCGAGGCGCACGAGGUGGACGGGGAGGUGCUGCCCUGCCUCACCAUGGACGACCUCCGCGACAUGGGCAUCGGCGCCGUCGGGGCGCGCCGCAAGCUCUACUGCGCCAUCCAGAGGCUGCCUCCUCCUCCUCCUCCGCCGCCACCGCCACGGAGGUGAAAUCGUUCUGGUCUUCCUGUGGUUGGCGCUUAGCUUUAGUUUAGUUCCGGCCCUAACUUCGUCAGGUUGCAACUGUAUCACAUCGCUUAGGAGGUGUAAAAAAUGUGUCAAAAUGGGAAGGAAGGUUUGAUGAUCACUUCCAUGUGGAAUGGUAACCUGGGCCGUCUUAGUGUCGUAGUAUGUAGUGUACAUAUGAAAAAGUUGGAAUGGAAAUGCUAACCAUCCUGUUUUAAUGUUGUCUAAUGCUUUCUGUGAACUGGCAAUAAUUGUGAAUAUGGAAAGAUGAGAUGGGAAUGGUUUCUCUGAUGCUUUGGAAGUGUUUGGAGAUGCAUGGUAAUUGGAUUAGGCCAAGUAGCCACAUGCUUUGGUAUUACUGGAAUAACUUGAUGCUGCUUGAUAGUGCUAAAAUAUGUUUUGCUAUGUG